UGGCACCAGCCGCUGGGGGCUCUGAGAAGCCCGCCUCGCCUCGGGGCCAGGAAUAGGCGCUGGUGAGCGGCAGGAGGCGAGCGGAGGGGCCGGGGCGCCUCGUUCGGCCCGGAGCAGAAAAGGGGGCGAGAUGGCGUCCUACGUGGAUAACAACUUCCGCCAGGCGGUCAUGAAAAACCCGGCCGACAGGAGCCCCCAGGAUCUGGAGAUAGUGUAUUCCUAUUUACACGGAAUGGAAGCUUUGUCUAAUCUACGAGAACACCAGCUCCGAAUGAUGUGUGAAACAGUGAGAUACGAGAGGCACGAAGCAAAUGAAGUUUUGUACUACCCCGAUGAUAUUGGGACCUGUUGGUAUAUUCUUCUGUCUGGUUCAGUAUUUAUCAAAGAGUCAAUGUUUCUACCAAGGAGCAGUUUUGGCAAACGUUCUGCAGGAAGCUUCAGACGUGGCUGUGAAUGCAUUGUUCUAGAGCCAUCUGAAAUGAUUGUGGUGGAUUAUAUGGAUGAAAAUGAAGAAUAUUUCCAGCGACAAGCAUCUCAUAGACAAUCUCGACGGAGAUUUAGGAAAAUCAAUCAAAAAGGAGAAAGACAAACAAUUAUUGACACUGUGGAUGCUUAUCCUGUAGGGAAACCACCGUUACCUAGAGGUUAUCACACGGAAUGCACUAAACAGCAGCUUCCUGCAGAUUUCACAAAGCUGCACCUCACUGACAGUCUCCACCCACAGGUGACCCACGUUUCAUCUAGUCAUUCAGGAUGUAGUAUCACUAGCGACUCUGGAAGCAGCAGCCUGUCUGAUAUCUACCAGGCCACAGAGAGUGAAGCUGGCGAUAUGGAUCUGAGUGGGUUACCAGAGACAGCAGUGGAUUCUGAGGAUGAUGAUGAUGAAGAGGAUAUUGAGAGGGCUUCUGAUCCUCUAAUGAGCAGGGAUAUUGUUAGAGAUUGCCUGGAGAAAGACCCAAUAGACAGGACAGAUGAUGAUAUUGAACAACUCCUGGAAUUCAUGCAUCAGUUACCCGCUUUUGCUAAUAUGACAAUGUCAGUGAGGAGAGAACUCUGUGCUGUGAUGGUGUUUGCAGUUGUAGAAAGGGCGGGGACCAUAGUUCUAAAUGAUGGAGAAGAGCUGGACUCCUGGUCUGUUAUUUUGAAUGGUUCUGUGGAAGUAACCCAUCCUGAAGGAAGAUCAGAAAUAUUAUGCAUGGGAAACAGUUUUGGUGUUUCCCCUACCAUGGACAAAGAAUACAUGAAAGGAGUAAUGAGAACCAAAGUGGAUGAUUGCCAGUUUGUGUGCAUAGCCCAGCAAGAUUAUUGCCGCAUCCUCAACCAAGUGGAGAAAAACAUGCAGAAGGUAGAAGAGGAAGGAGAGAUUGUUAUGGUUAAAGAACAUAGGGAAUUGGAUCGCACUGGAACAAGAAAGGGUCACAUUGUUAUCAAGGGAACGCCGGAAAGGUUGACAAUGCAUUUGGUGGAAGAACAUUCAGUGGUUGAUCCAACAUUUAUUGAGGAUUUCCUGUUGACCUACAGGACAUUUCUUUCCAGCCCGAUGGAAGUGGGGAAGAAAUUAUUGGAGUGGUUCAAUGAUCCUAGCCUCAGGGAUAAGGUUACACGGGUAGUAUUGUUGUGGGUAAACAAUCACUUCAAUGAUUUUGAGGGAGAUUCUGCAAUGACUCGUUUUCUGGAAGAAUUUGAGAACAAUUUAGAAAGAGAGAAAAUGGGUGGACAUCUGAGGCUGUUAAAUAUUGCAUGUGCUGCUAAAGCUAAACGAAGAAUGAUAACCUUAACAAAGCCAUCUCGGGAAGCCCCUUUGCCUUUCUUAUUAUUGGGAGGAUCUGAAAAGGGAUUUGGAAUCUUUGUUGACAGUGUUGAUUCAGGUAGCAAAGCCACUGAAGCAGGCUUGAAACGUGGUGAUCAGAUAUUGGAGGUAAAUGGCCAAAAUUUUGAAAACAUCCAGCUGUCUAAAGCCAUGGAAAUUCUUCGAAAUAACACACACUUGUCUAUCACUGUGAAAACUAACUUAUUUGUUUUUAAGGAACUUCUAACAAGAUUGUCAGAGGAGAAAAGAAACGGCGCUCCUCAUCUUCCUAAAAUUGGUGAUAUUAAAAAAGCAAGCCGUUAUUCCAUACCAGAUCUUGGAGUUGACGUGGAGCAGGUGAUAGGAUUGGAAAAAGUAACCAAGAAGAGCAAAGCCAACACUGUUGGUGGGCGAAACAAGCUCAAGAAGAUACUAGACAAAACCCGCAUCAGUAUCCUGCCUCAGAAACCAUACAAUGAUAUUGGAAUUGGCCAAUCUCAGGAUGACAGCAUUGUGGGAUUGAGGCAGACCAAGCACAUUCCUCCUGCUCUGCCAGUCAGUGGAACACUGUCUUCAAGCAAUCCUGACUUAAUGCAGUCACAUCACCGCAUCUUAGAUUUCAACACAACCCCAGAUUUACCAGACCAGGUUCUGAGGGUUUUUAAGGCAGACCAACAAAGCCGCUACAUUAUGAUCAGUAAGGACACAACUGCAAAGGAAGUGGUUAUUCAAGCAAUCCGAGAGUUUGCUCUAACCACCACCCCAGAUGCAUAUUCUUUAUGUGAAGUUUCAGUCACUCCAGAGGGAGUAAUCAAGCAGAGGAGGCUUCCAGAUCAACUUUCCAAGCUUGCUGACAGAAUACAGCUUAGUGGAAGGUAUUAUCUGAAGAACAACAUGGAGACAGAAACCUUGUGUUCAGAUGAAGAUGCUCAGGAAUUGCUGAGAGAGAGUCAAAUUUCUUUAUUGCAACUCAGUACUGUUGAGGUGGCAACCCAACUCUCUAUGCGUAACUUUGAACUGUUCCGUAACAUUGAACCUACAGAAUACAUAGAUGACUUGUUUAAACUGAAAUCUAAGUCUAGCUGUACUAACUUGAAAAAGUUUGAAGAAGUAAUAAACCAAGAAACCUUUUGGGUGGCAUCUGAGAUUCUGCGAGAAACCAACCAGCUGAAAAGGAUGAAGAUAAUUAAGCACUUCAUUAAGAUAGCAUUGCACUGCAGGGAAUGCAAGAACUUCAACUCCAUGUUUGCAAUAAUAAGUGGCCUAAACUUAGCUCCAGUUGCAAGACUACGAACUACUUGGGAAAAACUUCCAAGCAAAUAUGAAAAAUUGUUUCAAGAUCUUCAGGAUUUAUUUGAUCCAUCUAGGAACAUGGCAAAAUAUCGCAAUGUCCUGAACAGCCAAAAUCUACAGCCUCCUAUUAUUCCAUUGUUCCCUGUAAUAAAAAAGGACCUUACUUUCCUCCAUGAAGGAAAUGAUUCCAAAGUGGAAGGUUUGGUCAAUUUUGAGAAAUUACGAAUGAUCGCAAAAGAGAUUCGCCAUGUGGGUCGGAUGGCUUCUGUUAACAUGGAUCCUGCUUUAAUGUUCAGGACUAGGAAGAAGAAGUGGAGGAGUUUGGGGUCACUCAGUCAAGGCAGUACAAAUGCAGCAGUCCUUGAUGUUGCACAAACAGGUGGACAUAAAAAGCGGGUCCGCCGCAGCUCCUUCCUCAAUGCCAAAAAGCUAUAUGAAGAUGCUCAGAUGGCUCGGAAAGUCAAGCAGUAUCUCUCCAAUUUGGAUCUGGAAAUGGAUGAGGAGAGCCUUCAGGCACUCUCUCUACAAUGUGAACCAGCCAGCAAUACAUUACCCAAGACUCCAGGGGAAAAACGGUCUGGAAAACCUGAAACAUCCCCAGUCGCACAUAGGUCAGGGAUCCAGCAGAAAGUGCAGCAGCAACAGCAGCACAAAGCAAACCAAGCACUGCAGGUCCCUGCUGUAUCACUUUAUCCCUCUCGUAAGAAAGUGCCAGUCAAAGACCUUCCACCCUUUGGCAUAAACUCUCCACAAGCUUUAAAGAAAAUUCUUUCACUCUCUGAAGAGGGAAGCUUGGAUCGUCAUAAGAAACAAGCAGAGGACACAAUUUCAAAUGCGUCUUCACAGUUAUCUUCUCCUCCCACCUCGCCACAGAGCUCUCCAAGGAAAAGUUAUACUCUGGCUCCCAGUGGUACCGUGGAUAACUUUUCAGACUCUGGUCACAGUGAAAUUUCUUCCAGAUCUAGCAUUGUCAGCAAUUCUUCAUUUGACUCCAUGCCAGUAUCACUACAUGAUGACAGGAGACAGAGGCACUCCGUCAGCAUUGUGGAGACUAAUCUUGGAGUGGGCAGGAUUGACCGAAGAGCCAUAAUUGAACCAGAUCAGUACAGCAUAGGCUACUACCCACCACUGUCAGAGAACAGAGGCUUGUAUGCUGGGGCAACCAUGCUUUCUUCUCCUAGCACUGAGGAGCUGUCACAGGAUCAGGGAGAUCGAGCAUCACUUGAUGCAGCGGAUAGUGGCCGUGGCAGCUGGACUUCUUGUUCAAGUGGUUCCCAUGACAACAUACAGACAAUACAGCACCAGCGAAGUUGGGAGAUUCUUCCUUUUGGACAUGCUCAUUUCGAUAGUUCAGGCGAUGGGGCAGGACUGUGGGCCUCAGGCAGCCACAUGGACCCGAUGAUGUUCUCCGAUCAUGGCACAAAGUAUGGCAGGCAGAGUCAAGGUAGGGAGGGCCUUGAUCAAGCACAGUCCAGAGCAAGCUGGGCAUCCUCCACAGGCUACUGGGGAGAGGACUCUGAAGGUGAUACAGGUACCAUAAAACGGAGGGGUGGGAAGGAUGUGUCAAUUGAAGCUGAAACCAGUAGCAUAACAUCUAUGACAGCAGAGGAUUCAAAGCCAGUUCCCAUGCCAGCUCAUAUAGCUGUGUCAACAAGUAAUACAAAGGGUCUUAUUGCUCGAAAAGAGGGCCGCUAUCGUGAACCACCACCAACCCCGCCUGGUUAUGUGGGAAUACCUAUUGCUGACUUUGCUGAAGGAGUUUCCCACCCAGCCCGAAAACCUCCGGAUUACAAUGUGGCACUUCAGAGGUCUAGGAUGGUGGCACGGUCAAGUGAAGCUCCUGGGACUUCAGCUUCACAGCAGCAACCACAGGGUCCUCCAUCUAGCAGGCCUGUGGGCAAACCUCAGUGGCACAAACCAAACGAGUCAGACCCACAUCUGGUUCACUAUCAGUCUCAAGGGUUUUCCACAGAGGAGGAUGAAGAUGAGCAAGUCUCUGCCGUCUAAGAACUGGGGCUUUCUGGAUCCUGCGUGAGCCAACUUAAAGGAGAGCACAAGACGACGCCCCUAGUAUAGGAGCCUUGGAACUCUAAAGGAUGGUGGACCUGUUUGCCUCCUUCCCUGCCUUAAAGCAGCAUGGGGCUUCUCCCCCUUCCUCCCGCACUCUUCUUCCCUUGCAUGUGAAAUACUGUGAAGAAAUUGCCCUGGCUCUUUUCAAACUGUGUUGCUUGAAAUGUACAUUACAGCGGUUUCCCAGCUACCACUGUUGCUGUCUGCCACAUCAU